CGGGGCUUCAGGCUGCAGCCAAUCCAGGGAGCUCAUUAGGGCCUCACAUCCCUUCACCCCUUCCCAGACAGAGGUGCUGUGCUCCAGAGAAGGUGUUCCUAGGUGGAGACUUCCAGUGGUCACAUGGGACUCCUAAUGAAUGUGGCACAAGGCCAGAAGUCCAGGUGAGAGCCCGCAAGGCUGAUGAAGGCAGACGUUUGUUAUCAACUGUCAGAGGAGACACCAGGAUAUAUAUGGGACCCAUCAAGUAUGAUCCUCUGCUAUGAAGGUGUUUCAUGGUUUCACUGUAGAUGUCUUUCCCUUACUUGGCUGAGCUCAUUUCCAGCUGUUUCUUUUCUCACAGCUGUUCUGAACAGGCCUGCUUCCAUUACCUUCCCAUCACAUCCACUCUCCAUGGACGGGAAAGCUUACAAUGGUUGAGACUAUGGAGAAGAGCAACACCACCUCUGACUUCAUCCUCCUAGGACUCUUCAAGCACACAGGACUCCACCUCUUUCUCUUCACUGUGGUGCUCACAAUAGCCAUCAGCUCUCUGGUGGGCAAUGCCCUCAUGAUUCUCCUGAUUCAACAGGACCUCCGGCUCCACACGCCCAUGUACUUCCUCCUGAGCCAACUGUCCCUCAUGGACAUAAUGCUGGUCUCCACCACUGUGCCCAAAAUGGCUGCUGACUACUUGACUGGAAUCAAGUCCAUCUCCACUGCUGGCUGUGGCUUGCAGAUCUUCUUUCUUCCAACUCUGGGUGGUGGGGAGUGCUUCCUCUUAGCAGCCAUGUCCUAUGACCGCUAUGUGGCUGUAUGCCACCCUCUGCGCUACCCCAUGCUCAUGAGCUGGCCACUGUGUCUGAGGAUGACCGUGGGGUCCUGGUUCCUGGGAGCAGCUGACGGGCUGAUACAGGCAGUUGUCGCCCUGAGCUUCCCGUUUUGCAACAGGCGAGAGAUAGACCAUUUCUUCUGUGAGGCCCCCACGCUGGUGCGCUUGGCUUGUGCUGACACGUCUGUCUUUGAGAAUGUCAUGUACAUCUGCUGUGUGUUGAUGCUCCUGGUGCCCUUCUGCCUCAUCCUGACCUCCUACAGUCUCAUCCUGGCUGCUGUCCUCCGCAUGCGCUCCACAGAAGCCCGCAAGAAGGCCUUUGCCACCUGCUCCUCACACGUGGCUGUGGUGGGGCUCUUUUAUGGGGCUGCCAUUUUUAUCUACAUGAGACCCAAAUCCUACAGGUCAGCUCACCACGAUAAGGUGGUGUCAGCCUUUUAUAGCAUCUUCACCCCUAUGCUGAACCCCGUCAUCUACAGCUUGAGGAACAGCGAGGUCAAGGGAAGCUUAAAAAUGUGGCUGGGAAAAUGUGCAAAUAUUAAACACCACCAAACUUGGUCCUGUUCAAGAUGAGUCUGAGUUCCUGAAUUUAUUGACAUUUUAAAUAUAUUGUGAUAUUCAGUACAUUACUAAUGAAUAAAAAGAAAGUUAAGUCUA